GACUCAGAUGAGAUGGCUCUGUCACUGUCAGUAGCAGCUCCUGGGCUCGGCGUCUCUGUCGGUAACCCUCUGUCGGUUGAACCCUGGGCACCUGCGUCAGUUCUCUAGCCACGGAUCCCGCUUAAUAAGUGGGCCCACUCACUGUGUUCAUCGCCUGGGAGGUUGUUUUGCAAUAACGCACAAGGAGGCGGCGGGGGAGGGGGCAAAGAGUCCCCUCCAGCUGUCGAGAGCAUCACUAACAAACUGGUCGGUUAACAGAAAGAGCUCCAGCAAACGCCUACCGCACGUUCAUGUGGGCAUUGAUCCGCGUGACACAUCGCCACCUCUAAACCAACCCUCGGGUUCAGGGUUUGCCCCUCCUGGCUAGCGCCUAUCUGAGAUGGGUAGAAGGAGGGGGCGGGAAGGUUAGUUUGAAGAGGGCAGAGCUUUGCAAGAGGACGGCGAUUAUUUCACAGCUGGAAAAAAACAGAAACAUCCAAACCCAGUGGACAAUAAGAGCUGAGGGAGAAAUCAUUUGGAUCCAACGUCAGAAACCUCAUUAGCUCUAAGGAAAGCCAGUCGGGAGAGAGAAGAAACGGCAAAAACGCAACCUUUAUUGCUGCUGGGGUCUUCUGUUUAAAUUGAUAUGGCCGCUACACUUCGGAAGCCUAACUCACUGUAUUUGGGCUUGUGGAUCUUCCUUCUGCUCCUCAACCUCCUUCCUCAAGCUAGGGCAGUAGUUGGACACAGAGAGCCAUUACCUGAUGACAGCAAAGACAAUAUCACCAUUUUUACCCGAAUCCUAGACAGGCUGUUGGACGGCUAUGACAACAGGCUACGUCCUGGGCUAGGAGAGAGUGUGACAGAAGUGAGGACAAACAUCUAUGUGACAAGUUUUGGGCCGGUAUCAGACACAGACAUGGAGUACACCAUUGAUGUCUUCUUCCGUCAGAGCUGGAGAGACGAGAGGCUCAAAUUUGAUGGGCCCAUGCAAGUUUUACCCCUUAACAACCUCCUGGCAAGCAAAAUCUGGACUCCUGAUACCUUUUUUCACAAUGGAAAGAAAUCUGUGGCCCAUAACAUGACAACUCCUAACAAGCUGCUACGACUUGUCGACAAUGGCACGCUUCUCUACACAAUGAGGUUGACCAUUCACGCUGAGUGCCCCAUGCACCUGGAGGAUUUUCCGAUGGAUGCACAUGCCUGUCCUCUGAAGUUUGGAAGCUAUGCUUACACCAAUAACGAGGUGAUCUACCUGUGGACCCAGGGAGAUGAGAGGUCCGUUGCUGUGGCAGAAGACGGCUCCAGGCUGAACCAGUAUGAUUUACUGGGACAUGUUAUUGGCAAAGAAACCAUCAGAUCCAGCACAGGAGAAUAUGUAGUGAUGACAACAUAUUUCCAUUUGAAAAGAAAAAUUGGCUAUUUUGUGAUUCAAACCUACCUGCCAUGCAUCAUGACUGUCAUACUGUCUCAGGUCUCCUUCUGGCUAAACAGAGAAUCGGUUCCUGCACGCACUGUAUUUGGCGUCACCACUGUCCUAACCAUGACCACUCUGAGCAUCAGUGCUAGAAACUCCCUUCCUAAGGUGGCUUAUGCUACAGCCAUGGACUGGUUCAUGGCUGUGUGCUAUGCCUUUGUCUUCUCUGCCUUGAUUGAGUUUGCCACAGUCAACUACUUCACCAAGCGCAGCUGGGCAUGGGAUGGGAAAAAAGAGGGCAUGGAAAUAAGGGAACCGUUUCAGGCUAACAUGGCCAGGAUUAAAGAUAUGAGAAGAGAAUAUGCGACUUUGUCCAAAAAGGCAAACAACACCUUCAACAUUGUCGGAACCACCUACGGCAUCAAUGUAGCCAAAGACCAAGGUUUAACAACCAUUUCCAAAAGUGCUGCUGGAGCAUCGGCCAAACACCCCUACUUGCAUAAAAUGGAUGACCCCUACACGGAGGCCAAGAAGUCCUACAACCGUGUCAGCAAAGUGGACAAGAUAUCACGCAUCAUUUUCCCAAUUCUGUUCUUCAUCUUUAACUUGGGCUACUGGGCCACAUAUGUCAACAGACAGCCUGCUAUCAUGAAGGCCAACAACCUAAACUGAAUUUGAACAGAAGCUAGGCUUGGUUCUGAGGGUAGACAGGUUCGCAGGAGGCCAAGCCCAUUACAUCUUUUUGUGUGUAUGCGCGCGUGUGUUUCGUGUGUUUGUUUUUUGAUAUUUUGCACGUCUGUAUAGAUGGAAGCCAAAUUAGAGCAUAUGGUAGAUUCAUAUAUAGUUGUGGAGCUUGGAGGGAGCACAUUCUCACAUCAGACUGUAUUUGUGUAGCAUUUCAUUUCUUCCCCCUCCACACUUAGCUCUGGCCCUCUUUCCUGUUGUGAGUAACCAAGUGUUCAUUUGCUGUAUCUUGAUUGCUUGCCAUUUUGUGGAGUGGUCAGACUGUGUUAUCACCAUGUUUUGACAUGUUUGAAUUUUGCUUGUAAUAAGUUAAAGCAAGCAUGCAACUCUAACACAUAAUCAGUGAUAAGAAUUUGAUACAUUCAUCGAGUUAACAACAUGCAUGGACACAGCAACGCAACAGAAAAUGCCAACAAAGCCAUUCAUGGGUUGGUUUGCUGUGCUCUAUUAACCGGGGGCAGCCUGUACAGUAUAGUUCUAUGUGAACAUCAUUAAUAAUCAUCAGUAUCUGGCCUUCAGCUCGCACCGAACUUCAGACCCAAUACUGCAUCAUUUGGAAUUGCUUUUGUAUCCCUUGGGGCAACCUGCACAUUUUUUUAGUCCAGUGGUCUUAUUGUUUUAAGUGGCUGACUAGAGACGCUAUAUGCCUUGGUGAACACACACACACCAUAAAGAAAAAGGCUUUGACAUACUCAUACUUGCAUUUUCAAUACAUCUGCACAAAUGCCCAUGUGUACAGUGGGUACGGAAA